UUAUUCAUUCUACGAUCAUUAGUUUACAGAUGGUGUCUUACUUAUUCUAUUUAAUGGGUCUUAUUGAUGGCUAUUUUGUAGCAUUUCAUGCAUAUCAUCCAACACCAACAACAGAAGAAUUGUGUACAUCAAAUGUUAAACUAGCCUUUGAACUUAUUCAAGCAGCUGGUAUGGUUGAACCUCCAGCAAAACUUGAAGAAAUUGUUGCAGGCGAUAGCAGUGCUGUAUUACUCGUGUUGUAUGGCAUCUACUCAUAUUGUGCACAUAUGGAGGAUGAACAACGUCGGUAUGAAAUAAAUAAUAUUCGGGAACAAGGUGAGAUGGAUGAAUAUUACGGUAAUAACCAGAAACCUUCUGUACAACAUGGUCUAAUUAAUUUAUCGUGA